AUGAAAUUACACACUCUGGUCAUGUUCACCCUAGUGAUCGGUUCCCCUCUCCUGCCACAGCACCGAUGCUACAGAAAUAGCCAAACCUUCCAGCUGGUACAUACCCUCAACAAGUUUGUGGGGAGGAGAAGAAGGGCCCUCAAGCCAACUCUACAUGCUAACCCACCGAGUGAGCAUCUUCAAAAUUUGAAGUACGUUCGGGAGGUAACCAACGCGAGCAUACAGAUAUGCAACGACGCUCUGAAGGAAUGCAAAGGAGAUGUUGAAAAAGCAAUUGAGUUGGUCCGGAGGAGCGCCAAGAAUUCUUCUUUUGUGUCUACCAGUGUGAAGGUUAAAACGGAGGGGCUGGUAGGUUCCCAAGUGGGGGGGGACCAAGUCGUCAUGCUGGAGGUUUUAACGGACUCGGAUUUUGUGGCCCGGAAUGAGAAGUUCGUUCGGUUUGUGAGGACUCUGCUGGGCGCUGCCCUGGCGGGGGGGGCGGCACACGGGGGAGCGGUUACAGGGGAGGGUAGCGGGGCGACGGCGCUGCUGAGCCUUCCCUACGACGAGCAAAGCGGGGGAUCGCACAGUGGGGGUCCCCACAUCGCUCAUUCCACCACCACAGUGGGGGAGCAGAUGAACUACCUGCGGAACAUCUUUCGAGAGGACGUGCGAAUUGGGCGGUUCGCCCGGUACGAGCGAAAAAAUGCGAACCAGUUUUUACACUGCUACAUUCACAACCGGGUGGAGGAGAACAUCGGGACGUCGGGCGUCCUGCUCGUUUUAACCAUCGAUGAGCUGAGCGAAAAAUUAAAAAGUCAAGGGGAAUGCAUUGCCGAAGUUGCAAAUGAUAUGGCUCUGCACAUUCUGUCCGCCAAGCCCGUGAGUGUGUCCGUCUCGGAUUUGCCCGAACAGGUUGUGAAGCGCGAGGUGGCCAUCAUUCGGGAGUCCCUGCGGGGGGUGAAGAAGCCAGAGGGCAUACUGGACAGCAUGGUCAACGGGAAGAUGCGCAAGUUCUACAGCUCUGUGGUGCUGCUCGAGCAGGAGUACAUGCUGGACGAUACCAAGCGGAAGGUCUCCCAAGUCAUUCGCGAUUUCUGCAAGAAGCACAACUUGAACAUUAGCGUCCGCCAUUUUGAUACUUUCAUCGUUGGCGAGAAGAACAUUUUGCGAGAGGGACCCAUGGGGGGGUGA